CCUGGAGCUCGUAGUAACCUGACCCUCUGUGCUCAGGUAACAUUCCCUGUUCUUUCACCUCAGCUAGAAUCGACCAGCCUGGGGACUGUUCAUCAAUUAUGGAUGAGAAAUCCAUGGUAUUUUAAUGCCAACGCUCACAAUCGUACAGGAGAGAAACCAGCAGACAUCCUCAUCAGCAACGUCUUCCAAGGUAACGCAACAUCAAAAGGUAUGGCUCACACGGGUUCUACUAGAACGGAACCAUUUAUAGAGUACUGGAAUAUUGGGCGUAAUGUCCUCCCAGCUAUGAAACAGGCCACCUUUAUAGCAUGUUGGGGGGUUAUGCACUCAACUGGAUGCUGUGUAGCAUGUAGCACCUUUAUAACAUGUAGGGCACAUCAAUAUUAGACCAAAUAGCCAGGAUGGAAAAUUAAAGGAAAACGCUCACUUCCCAGGAAUGUAAUAGUUUUAUUAGUAUUUUUUACUUAUCUCCAUAUUCAGCAAAUAUGUAUCGGUCAGGUGUGAAAAAUAAAAUUAAAUGUAGAAAUCCCCACCUUUCUACCGCACAACUGGGAGCAUCUAUCUUAGCUCCCUGUCAAUCAUUGUUAUAAGCUCCGCCCUUUACACCUGGCAGUCAGUAUAGAGAGCCACCUCCAUCUUAGCUCCCUGUCAAUCAUUGUUAUAAGCUCCGCCCUUUACACCUGGCAGUCAGUAUAGAGAGAGCCACCUCCAUCUUAGCUCCCUGUCAAUCAUUGUUAUAAGCUCCGCCCUUUACACCUGGCAGUCAGUAUAGAGAGAGCCACCUCCAUCUUAGCUCCCUGUCAAUCAUUGUUAUAAGCUCCGCCCUUUACACCUGGCAGUCAGUAUAGAGAGAGCCUCCAUCUUAGCUCCCUGUCAAUCAUUGUUAUAAGCUCCGCCCUUUACACCUGGCAGUCAGUAUAGAGAGAGCCGCCUCCAUCUUAGCUCCCUGUCAAUCAUUGUUAUAAGCUCCGCCCUUUACACCUGGCAGUCAGUAUAGAGAGAGCCACCUCGAUCUUAGCUCCCUGUCAAUCAUUGUUAUAAGCUCCGCCCUUUACACCUGGCAGUCAGUAUAGAGAAAGCCACCUCCAUCUUGGCUCCCUGUCAGUCAUUGCUAUAAGCUCCGCCCUUUACACCUGGCAGUCAGUAUAGAGAGAGCCGCCUCCAUCUUAGCUCCCUGUCAAUCAUUGUUAUAAGCUCCGCCCUUUACACCUGGCAGUCAGUAUAGAGAGCCACCUCCAUCUUAGCUCCCUGUCAAUCAUUGUUAUAAGCUCCGCCCUUUACACCUGGCAGUCAGUAUAGAGAGAGCCGCCUCCAUCUUAGCUCCCUGUCAAUCAUUGUUAUAAGCUCCACCCUUUACACCUGGCAGUCAGUAUAGAGAGAGCCACCUCCAUCUUAGCUCCCUGUCAAUCAUUGUUAUAAGCUCCGCCCUUUACACCUGGCAGUCAGUAUAGAGAGCCACCUCCAUCUUAGCUCCCUGUCAAUCAUUGUUAUAAGCUCCACCCAUUACACCUGGCAGUCAGUAUAGAGAGAGCCGCCUCCAUCUUAGCUCCCUGUCAAUCAUUGUUAUAAGCUCCGCCCUUUACACCUGCCAGUCAGUAUAGAGAGAGCCUCCUCCAUCUUAGCUCCCUGUCAAUCAUUGUUAUAAGCUCCGCCCUUUACACCUGCCAGUCAGUAUAGAGAGAGCAUACAGAGGAAGAGAAACUGCGUUUUUAUUUGUCCUCUUCCUUUGCAACAAGUGCCCUGACUGUGCCUUUAUGUGUGAUUAUGAUGUAACUGGCUAUAUUAUUUAUAUAUAUUUUGAAGGAAACAGGGCAGAGGUGUUAGCAGGACCGGGGAGUGGCGCGCGGUGUGUUAGCAGGACCGGAGAGCAUUGCGCGGUGUGUUAUAAGGAUUGGGGAGAGUCACAUGGUGUGUUAUAAGGAUUGGGGAGCGUUGCGUAGUGUGUUAGCAGGACUGGGGAGUGUCGCGCUGUGUGUUAGGAGGACUGGGAGUGUCGUGCUGUGUGUUAGGAGGACUGGGAAGUGUCUCGCUGUGUGUUAGGAGGACUGGGAGUGUCGCGCUGUGUGUUAGAAGGACUGGGAGUGUCGCACUGCGUGUUAGAAGGACUGGGAGUGUUGCGUGGUGUGUUAGGAGGACUGGGAAAUGUCGCACUGUGUGUUAGGAGGACUGGGAGUGUCGCACUGUGUGUUAGAAGGACUGGGAGUGUCGCGCUGUGUGUUAGAAGGACUGGGAGUGUUGCGCUGUGUGUUAGGAGGACUGGGAGUGUCGCACUGCGUGUUAGAAGGACUGGGAGUGUUGCGUGGUGUGUUAGGAGGACUGGGAAAUGUCGCACUGUGUGUUAGGAGGACUGGGAGUGUUGCACUGUGUGUUAGAAGGACUGGGAGUGUCGCGCUGUGUGUUAGGGGGACUGGGAGUGUCGCACUGUGUGUUAGAAGGACUGGGAGUGUUGCGCUGUGUGUUAGGAGGACUGGGAGUGUUGCGCUGUGUGUUAGGAGGACUGGGAGUGUCGCGCUGUGUGUUAGGAGGACUGGGAGUGUCGCACUGCGUGUUAGAAGGACUGCAGAGUGUUGCGUGGUGUGUUAGGAGGACUGGGAAAUGUCAGGCUGUGUGUUAGGAGGACUGGGAGUGUCGCACUGUGUGUUAGAAGGACUGUAAGUGUUGCGCUGUGUGUUAGGAGGACUGAGAGUGUCGCACUGCGUGUUAGAAGGACUGGGAGUGUUGCGCUGUGUGUUAGGGGGACUGGGAGUGUCGCACUGUGUGUUAGAAGGACUGGGAGUGUUGAGCUGUGUGUUAGGAGGACUGGAAGUGUGUCGCGCUGUGUGUUAGGAGGACUGGGGAGUGUCGCACUGUGUUUUCGAAGGACUGGGAGUGUCGCGCUGCGUGUUAGAAGGACUGCAGAGUGUUGCGUUGUGUGUUAGGAGGACUGGGAAAUGUCGCGCUGUGUGUUAGGAGGACUGGGAGUGUCGCACUGUGUGUUAGAAGGACUGUAAGUGUUGCGCUGUGUGUUAGGAGGACUGGGAGUGUCGCACUGCGUGUUAGAAGGACUGGGAGUGUUGCGCUGUGUGUUAGGGGGACUGGGAGUGUCGCACUGUGUGUUAGAAGGACUGGGAGUGUCGCGCUGUGUGUUAGGAGGACUGGGGGUGUCGCGCUGUGUGUUAGGAGGACUGGGGAGUGUCGCACUGUGUGUUAGAAGGACUGGGGAGUGUUGCACUGUGUGUUAGAAGGACUGGGAGUGUUGCGCUGUGUGUUAGGAGGACUGGGAGUGUUGCGCUGUGUGUUAGGAGGACUGGGAGUGUCGCACUGCGUGUUAGAAGGACUGCAGAGUGUUGCGUGGUGUGUUAGGAGGACUGGGAAAUGUCGCGCUGUGUGUUAGGAGGACUGGGAGUGUCGCACUGUGUGUUAGAAGGACUGUAAGUGUUGCGCUGUGUGUUAGGAGGACACUAGAGGGCUUCCGCGCUUCUCACUGUAUUUUUCACAGUGAGAAGACGCCAGCGUCCAUAGGAAAGCAUUGAGAAUGCUUUCCUAUGGACUGGCUGAAUGACGACGAGAAGGAGGAGCCCAGCGCUGGAAAAAAGAGGUAAAUUUAACCCCUUCCACCUCCUAGAGCCCGGCGGAAGGGGGCCCUGAGGGUGGGGGGGGACCCAGAGACCCUAUAGAGCCAGGAAAACGAGUAUAUACUAUAGUGGUCCUUUAAUAAACAGUUUUUUACAAAUUAUAUCCAGUUUGUGCAUCCGCUUCAGUCUAUAGCGAUACAUUGUAUUGCAUUAGCAAUACUGUGUUGCUAAUUUAUUGUAAUGAUAUAUUUUCUAUUUUUGUCUACACAAAGUAUAUUACCCAGUGCAAGUAUCAUUUGUACCCUGCAUUAUAUCAGGGAUAGAGAUACUAACACUGUACAUUGAUCCAGUUUUUAAAAUUUAUUUUUACAGCUUUAUAUCAAAUUCAUUUAUUUAUCUGUAUAUCCAAUUUAUUUUUAUAUCUAUAUAUCAUUUAUACAAUUUCUUUCAUUUUUUGUUUGCUGUACAUUUGGUUCUUUUCUCUCCCUUUUUCUUUCUUUUUUUAUCCUCGUUUAUAUAUUUAAAGGCAUAGUACCGAAUUUUUUUAGACUUUUAGAUUUUGCAUAUUUUUGGAUUUCCAUCCUAUAUAUUCCACUAUUUAUUGUGUCAUUAUACUAUAUUAGUUUUACUAUCAUCUGAGCCAUUAUCACUAGUUAGCUCCUGGGUUUCUACACUAUCCUUUAGGGUGUUUCCUUUACUGUUCUAUUUACGUAGGUUUUGGUGAAUUCCUACUAUUUCCAGUGACAGCGACUUAGUGUUAGUUAGACUCCCUCUAUUCCGUAUAUCUCCUUAGGUAUACCAGUUUUCUCUAUUUUUGUUAUUUAUUAUAUUGUAAAAUGGUGCAAGCCCUAUCUAUAACCCACAUGCAAUGCAUGAUGCCAUGCCUGAGGAUUGCCGUUGGGGUACCUCAAGUCUGUUUGUACUAAACUUAUGCACUGCAAAAAAAUAAAAAAAAUAAUAAUAAAUAAUGUAUUUGUGUAAUUAGCAUCCACCUCUAUGCAAAUAGGUCUGUUAAUAAGAACUGAAAAUGACAGGAGCUAAAUUAGAAAUAUAUUGGUAAGAGAAAAAUACAUGGACUCCUUGUUCACCGUGCGGAGGCCACAAAUCACAAAGCUUUAAUAAUGACCUCCAUUUGUCUAAAUAUAAAUAGGGAUUAAGGAGAGAGCGCAGGUAACUUUUUCUUUUCUAAAGCUUUAAUAAUGGCUUUAAUAAUGGUCUGGGUUUCCAGUAUCUCUUGUGUGUCUUCCUCACCCUUUAUAAAUAUGUUAUUAUAUGUUCCUGUAUGUUUUCCAAUAUGAUUUGGUUAUCUGUAUUAUACUGAGUUUGUCACCGCUAGUUUAAUGUUAUGCACAUAUGGGCUAGUCCUGAGUUAAGCUAAGUAUGUUAGGUUUGUCCAGGAAUCCCAAUAACAGAUUUGUUGUAACUGCUGGCAGGCUGCUUGGUCCUUGUAGCCUGGGACAAAUAAAAGAGAACUAGGCCUGAGAACACGUGCCUUUGUAAAGGAAGUAGAUGAUCACAGUAUAGGCAGAAGUGUGAAUACUGCAUGGUAAAGGAGCUGAAGAGCCUGUUCUGGUGGAAGAGUUACUGAGAGACCCCAGUCAAGCUUCAGCGACUGGGGCUGAAGCAUUCAAUGGUUCCUGAAAGCAGCAAUGAAGUGGCCUAGGUGGAGGUACUCAAUUGGAGUAUGGGAGCUCCAUCACAUUUGAUGGCAGUGGUGGGAUGGCUUCCUAGCUAUUGGGGAAACUUCCAGACAACCACUAGGACCCCUGCACAUCUUCUGGAACUUAUGGAUAUGAAUAGAGAUAGCACCCGUGCAGCUUUCUCAUCUGAGGAGUUCCACAGAAGAGUGUUGGAGGGGUUGGCUUUCUUCGGAGCCAACCCAUCAGCAGUGAUGGUGCAUCUGAUCUAUGAGAAUGUCCCCAGAGAUGGACCAAGAGAGGAAGAUCUACCUGGCCAGCCAGGCCUGAGCAGAGGCAAAUGCGGGGGAGUGGGGAGUGCAGUCUGGGUGCCAAACCUCAGAGUUCAGGAGGUUCUGUCCCAGAAGGUUAAUUGAACUGGUGGGACGCAAUCUGAUGGGAACUCUGGAACAAUGUCCUUGAGAAGGUUUGUGUUCUCCAGAGAGAAUCCCUAACGGUUUUGGGAUCAAGUCGAUUUGCACAUGCCAUUCUUGGGAGAGAAGUGCCUGGUGCAAUUGGUGUUCAAAUUAGAGGAGCUGGUCCAGAAAGAAUUGUGGCUGGACAAUUCUUACCGUGCCUUACAAUGGUAUGGGAACCAGCAGUACCCAUGGCUAGCAGAUGACGACCCUCCAGAGGGUGAAGGCUAUGAUGGUACUGGCCUAUUGUGGGAUGACUUUGUGGAUAAAAUUAUAUUUGGAAGUCCUGAGAUGUUUUGACUCUAUGACAUUUGGAAAAAAUAGGGAACACUUACUGGAUCUCUCAGAAGCAACUGGAACUCUAUUUGACCCAUCUGGCCACCAUGGAGUGAGAGCUUGAAUUGGAUUACAAGCAAUUAUUUGACUCUGUACAUCAGCAGGUCCCAGAGACUGUGGAUUUGAUAGACAUUACAAGUGGAGCGAACCAUAUUCUCCACCCUGAAUCACGGGGAUGCUGAGCAGCUGGCCCAGAACCCUAACCCCAUGGCAUGGGGACUCUGGUCACAUCACUAGCUCCACACCGGCAGAUAGAAAUCCAGUGAGUGGAGGUAGAGGUAGUCAGUCUCCCUCCCAGUUGCAGAGUGCAACCGAGGGACUGGGGGUAGUCAGCCUUCCCCUCCAGCGGCAGAUUGCAACCCAGCGAGAGGAGAUAGAGGUAGGAGCAUUCCCUCCCCAGAGGCUGGGUGCAGCCAAGGGAGAAGAGGUAUCCGGCCUACCUUCACAGCAGCAAAUUGGACGCCAGGGAGCAGGGCUAGUCUUUCUUCCUCCCCAGCAGCAAAAAAACUAGGGAGGAGAUGUCAGUAUCCUCACUCCCCAGCGGCACGAGAACUUCCCGAUGAAGAAGGCAGUCGGCUUUUCUCACAACGCAGCUAUAGUGUGGAACUUUGUCAAGAAGGCUGUCAAGAUGGAUGGACCUUUUGGUGCUGGUUACCCAACUAACUUAAGGCAUAGAGCGAUUGAAGUUCUUGUACCUGGUUAAUCAACUUUUUGGUGGGAGAUAUGUAACGGUAGUCACCAUCACUGGAAGCAGAAGACAUACACUUUACAUAGGUUCCUGAAAUGUUCUUAUGUUUUAGUCACCCUGUGCCCAUUCUAGGUUCAGGAAAUUGUAACUGUUUAUUGUUAAUUGUUUUGUGUGCUCUCCUGUCCUGCUGGUUCCCUCACCCAGGUAUGUGGAUUUGAAUGUGGAGCCUGUACAGUUCCAUCUGUUGGUUGUGAGAGUCUUGAAACAGCUAUAAGCACUACUUGAAUAGCAAGGCUUGUUAAUUUGCAUGUUCAGGUAGAUUUGCAUAUUAUGAUUUCUGCAGGUGAGGAGACAUUUUGUGUUAGAUUUUGUCUUCUCACCCCUUUAUAAAUAUAUAUUAUCAUGUUAUUGUAUGUUCCUGUAUGUUUUCCGAUAUGGUUUGGUUAUAUCUAUUAUACUGAGUUUGUCACAGCAUGUUUACUGUUGCGCAAAUGGGCUAGUCCUGUGUUAAAAAUAAAGCUGAGUGUGUUAGUUUCUUUUGGAACGGUGUGUCCUGUGCGGAUUGUUUAGGGAACCCAGUAACAGAGUUGUCGUACCUGUUGUACAGGUUAAGGUGUGGAUACCUUCCUGGGAAAGGAGCUGAAGAGCCUGGACUGGUGGAAAAGUUCCUGAGAAACCCCAGUCAAGUUUUUGCGACUGGGCCUGAAGCAUUCCAGGGUCCCAGGGCUAGGAAGUGGACUGGGCAGAGGUACUCAGUAAGAGUAUGGGAGCUCUAUCACAUACGUGGGUGGGGUCAGUUAGAUACACUGAUGAACCUCAUAGGUGGGGUCAGUUAGAUACACUGAUGAACCUCAUAGGUGGGAUCAGUCAGAUACACUAAUGAACCUCGUGGGUGGGAUCACUCAGAUAGACUAAUGAACCUCAUGGGUGGUAUCACUCAGAUACACUAGUUCUGUAGGUACUGUCUAUUAUUACUCAAAGGAGAUACAACUUGUUGGAGUCAUGACCGAGUACUAACCAAGGGACAAGUUUCUUAAAUUCUGUUUUAGCUUACGUGAAAAAAAGUAUAAGUAGAAAUUUGUUUUAAAAAUGUGACUUGUUUAAGGCCAUCAUAUAAUGUUUUAUUUUCCAUUAGUUAAAGUAAAAUAUCCCUUGUAACAUGUAUUUUCAUGCAUCUUAACUAGAUUUGUUUCCUUGAAGGUCCCAGCAUUCAAGAUGGUUUCUCCAGCAAUAGCCUUGGCCUUUAUUCCGUUUCUAAUCACUCUAAUAAUCCGUUACCGCCAUUACUUCCUCCUAUUUUACCGAGCCGUGCUGGUGCGGAAAUUCCAGGAUCAUCUAACAGGUAUCCCGCGAGAGGAAAGGGCUUUUCAAUAUGUCAUCACCCAUGCUAUCCCAGGAGACCCCCAGCAUGUACUCAACACUUUCGACCAAUACUGUUACCACUGCGAGCAUUUGGGGAACAUCGGACCUCACAAAGGUGAGAUUUAGGAUUCUGGAAACAGGCCGGGAAGGGAUUCAGAUUUUGGGGAGAUCCAGAUAAUUAAAAAAAACUGUGAAAAGCAGGCAGACACAACUUGACCUGCCGUGGUCAUUUUAAGGUCUCAAAGAUAUAGGUUCUACACCUGUUCAAAAAUGUAUUUGUCCGAAUCAAAAUCCUUGUCAUCCACAACUAAAUGUAUUGUUUUGUUCAAUAAAUACAUUAUUUCGUGGACAAAUCAAUUUGUUCCGAUGUGGAUUAAAAGAAAAAAAAUUCGGGUAAAUCUAUUCACUUAUGGAUGAAACAAAUUUUUGCACAAGUCUAGUAAGUUCUGAUAUUUAUGCAGCAAAUAUUUUAAGGCCAAGGCAAUACUUUGAACUCUUUGUCAUGUUCCUUAAACCAUUCCUGAACAAUUUUCACAGUGUCCUGCUGAAAGAGAAAAAAGAAAGGGUGGGUCAUUUACCUGGGGAAGAGAUGACAGCAGGAUGCACUAUGAGAGGAAGGCAGGCAGGCGGAGGCAGUGUUAUGCUCUGGGGACUGUUCUGCUGGGAAACUUUGGGUCCUGGAAUUCAUUUGGCUUUUACAUUCACACGUACCACCGACCUAGAGAUUGUUGAAUUCCACUUACACCCCUUCAUGGUAAUGGUGUUUUAUGAAGCAGUGGUUUCUAUCAGCAGGAUAAUGCACGCUGCACACUGUAAAAAUUGUUCAGAAAUGGUUUGAGGAACAUGACAAAGAGUUCAAAGUGUUGCCUUGGCCUACAAAUUCCCCAAGUCUCAAGCCAAUUGAGCAUCUGUGGGAUGUGCUGGAACAACACGUGCGACCAAUGCAGACCCAACUACACAACUUGCAUGACUGAAAGGAUCUGCUGAUAAUAUGUUGAUGACAGAUACCACAGGACACAUUCAGAGGUCUUGUGGAGUCCAUGUCUCGACCCAUCAGAAGUGUUUUGGCAGCAUGAAGGGGACUUACAUGAUUUUAGGCAGGUGGUUUUAAUGUUGUGGUUGAUCAGUGCAUGCUCGUCACUCGGAGGACACAUGUUGGGUCUAGUGAUGUACCGAACGGUUCGCCGGCGAACGGUUCCUGGAGGUUUCAAUGAGCAUGUCUCUGUGAAACGAAAUAGUCUUCAUGAAACAAUUCAAAAAGGACAAACUGCUGCCAUUUCUAGAUAUUUGUUAAUGUUGCUAACAGACACAAUGUUCCACUUGCCCAGUAUUAGUGAGAGAGUUUUCUCAGAUUGGGAUAAUGAAGACCAGUUGGCCAUGUGCAUGCAUUAUCUGUGAUUCCUGAAUUAUUUGACAAUAUGUAACAAGCUUAUUAACCUGUUAUUUGCUGCUGUGUGGUAGUUAUGCCUCAAUCCUCAGACUAUCAGGGUUAUUUACUAAGAUGAGAAUUGAAAGAGAAUUUAAAUUUAAGGCCAGAGUCGCCAAGCUGACUUUGGAAUAUGUUCUAGUUUGAGUAUUUUGACCUUAAAUUUGAAAUUCUCUUUGAAUUCUCACUUUAGUGAAUAGCCUUGUAUUUCUGCUGGGGUGGACUAAUGCUUAGUAUGGUUCUCAACCCAGAGACAGAGCCCCAGAGCUGCCACAUAUUUGUUUAUACAAUGUGUGCGCGCUGUACUAUCUUGCUCUCAUGAUUUAGUAGAUCUUGCCCACAAGGUAGAUAAGUCUUUAGCUACUUUGUGGUAAAUAAUUUGACCGGACAAUAUAGAAAUAGUAGAAACAUGCACAUGAGAUAAGUUGAAUGAGUUAAUGUGCACAGUGUAUUUUCUGGUGGGCACAAGAUGAUAUGAGGUAGUACAGUACACGCAUUUAUGUGACAUCUGUGGGGCUCCGCAGGGUCUGUGGAUUUUCCACUUUAUAAAUAUUUGGAUAUUUCUGCAAAUUCAGAAAACAAACUUGGAAAACGAAAAUAGAAUUCCCUUUUUUUAAGUGAUAUGCGAUUUGUCAAGGGUACAGGACACUAAUGAUAACAAUAUAAAUUUUUAGUAUUUACACGCUCUCAGAAUGCAAUAAGAAAGUAUUAAAGUCGAUACAAAGUGUGGAUCUGCACCACGCUCCCAGGUUAUCAAUGUCAAUGCUUCCCCAGUCCUCACUUCCUCUUGAACCAUUAUUGAGGCUGAGUGAAUGGGGAAGCCCUCCUGAUUGUCAGUUUGGCUGCUACAGAGUGUUCCUAAAGUAAUUCAUAAAAUACUUCUCUGGUAAAUCACAGCACAACAGGGCUUAGCUCAUUGUCUGAGAGCAAUCAGCUAGCCUUGCCGUGCUGGGCUUCGCUCAGGAGAGCUAACAGACGUUCUGGCUUUGGAGCUGCUGGGCCUCCGACACUAGCAGUAGGAUGGGUGCCCAGCAGAAAAUGGUUUAACUACUUACACUGGGGAGUGCCACUACAGAAAGCUUGGAGCGUUCUUUUAAGACUGGCAUUAACUCUAUAUACAGCAUUACUUAAUAUGUGCACAUUUGUUUAAACCAGUCUGGAAAUUGUGCUGAAUUAUCUGUUUGACGCUCCUAUUUUAUCACUUUAAAACUGUAUCAUUACUUUGUUUCUGCGUCAAUGCAGGGAAAAUCCUGGACCGGCUAAUUUAUGAAAAUGCCCCACUGAAUGUCCUGGAGCUGGGCACAUACUGUGGGUAUGCCACCAUUAUAAUUGCCCAGGCCUUGCCCCUUGGUGCCAGGCUGUACACUGUAGAUGCCAAUCCCAGAAAAGCAUCAGUUGCUGAAAAGGUCAUCCGAUUGGCUGGUUUUGACGAUGAUACGGUGAGUUGCGUUGUGCGCAGAGAUAUAGACAGCAAUACCCUGAUACGGAUAACCCAUACACAUAAAUAUAUCAAUAAUCAAUAAUAUAUCUGUGAAACAAAGCAGAGUUUAGUGAAAAAUCUCACCGCAGAUCAUAUUUAUGUCGUUAUCAAACUUUUUAUUUGCCAUCUGUAUAUAAAAUAAUAUAUUCAUCUUUUCCACGAAAAAAUAAAUAAUUACAAAAACCCCAUGUGCAGGCCUUGCUCUGUUUGUGUCAUUUAAUAAUGUUAUAAAAUAUCCAGUAGGUUUUACAGCUGGUAACUAACAUAGGCUUAAAUAGCUGGAUGGAGGAGAGGGAACUGAACUGGGCAGGUAAUCAGUAAUUAGUCAAUAUUUUCACAUAACACACGGCAGAGUUUUACAGAGGUAACACAGUAUGUAACGGCUUCUAAAGUAUUUCACUGUUUAAUAAAAAACUCAAGAACUUACGAGUAGCGGAGAAUAGGGUGCAAAAUAGGGAACCUAACAACCUAUACAAUAUAAAACAAACUGAUUAAUAAACCCUUAUCUUCUAAUAAAUCAUAGGUCUAUGACCUUACUAACACACUGAAGAUUAAUAUUAAAAAUCCAUUUAUUUAUUAAUCAUUUAAAAACAUAUAUAAAAAAUAAACUUCCAUGUAUCACAAAUAAUAUGUCUAUUAAUAAUCCCAAAUCAAGCCAUAAAACGCCCAGACCGUAUUUGAAAUACUCGGCAUCCCGAGUCAGCAAAAGUGUAGUGCUGAAAAAUAUCAAACAAUAGUCCUCUUUGAAGUAGAGAUGAUGGCUGAUAGCGAUGGGAGUCAGACCCCUACAGACGCGUUUCUCUGCUUCGGCAGCUUUAUCAAUGGAUGCGGUCUGUCUCUUGGUGCUCGUUGAUAUAGUGUCUGCCGACUUCCUUUUAAUCGCGGCAAAUUCGUAAUCGACAGUGUGUGUUACAAAAUCCAACUAUUCUCUAUGUAUCGAAACAACCAUAUUCCAUGAAACUUAAAAACUCUUUUAAUUAAAUUACUACUUAUCAUUUCGAUCGGUACAAUGUAUCACUUUCUUAUAUUUACUGCCGUUACUAUAGUAACACCCGCUUGAGCGGGUUUGAAUGUAACUGACAUUUUAAUCUGAUUAGACAGAGAAAGAAAGAAAUGAAAGAAAGAAAAGGUUAAUACAAAAAAAAGGAAGAUUCUUUCUUUCAAUCUUCUGCUAUGGCUCAUUUACAGAUAAAUCAUUACCGUAUUAAGGCUAAAACCGAUAAUGUUAAUAUGGAAAGAUUAUUAAGACAGUCUAUAAAUACUAAUCUUACUAUAUAUACUGCUGUUCCUUUGUAUCAGCCCAUUUUAUUUCAUCUUUGAUUUAUUUCAUCUUCACAAAAUGUAUUAACAAUGUAGUACAUCAUUUAACUCUAGUCAUCUUAAAGGGACACUCCCUAUAUUACUCAGGGUACAAUAAAACUCAAUAAAAACAAUGAAAACUAAAAAUAGCAAUCGUAAUAAAAUAAAAAAAUGUUCACGUCUACUUCUUUGAAGUGUGUUUUCGUUUUAACUGUGCCGGAAUCUAUAUAAAUCGUCAGCGCAAGGAAUUCCACCUGUGUUUUACUACAAGUAGUGUAACGGAUCACCUGGCACCCCGACUGGGUACCUCCAUUGAAGGAUGGGCAAUACAUCCCAGGAGCCAUAGUCACAUGGCAGGAGGCUGGCAAUCAGUCUUCUCCAAUGCCCAGCGGCGAGGUCGGUUUCGCCACGAGUAGUAUUCAGUUUAACUCCCCAAGUAUUCUUAUUCACAUAUUCUAGGAACUCUUGCAGGUCUGCCAUCUCACCUUCACAUAUGAAGAAAACAUCAUCAAUGUAUCUUUUAUAUCUAUGGAUAUUCAUAUUCCAGGGAUGUACAUUCCAAAUGUGAUUGACCUCCCAAUCCCCCAUGAACAGGUUAGCAAAACUAGGGUCAAAUUUCGUCCCUAUACCAGUUCCGUUCUUCUGGAGGUAAAACUGAUCUUCAAAUAGGAAAUAAUUGUUCUUCAAAAUAAACGCAAUCCCUUCUAUUAUAAAUGAAAUUUGGGUAUCUUCCAGUUCCCCAUAUUUCUUUAAUGAGUUCCUCACGGUGUCACAGCCCUGUUGGUGAUCAAUAAAUGUAUACAAGGAAGUCACUAGAAUGUAGUUAUCUUUCCAGGAAAUGGAGUCCAAUUCUUUAAUCAUCUGUGUCGUGUCUUUGAGAUGAGACUUGACCUUAGACACAUAUGGUUGCAGGAAUGUAUCGAUGUACUGCGACAGAUUUGAUGUAAUAGAAUUAAUCCCUGAUAUUAUUGGUCGCCCGGGAGGUGUUGUUAAAUCUUUAUGGAUUUUGGGUAAGAAGUAAAAGGUAGGGUUUUUUUGGAAAAGGGAUAGCAAGGAAUUUAUAUUCAGACUCUUUCAAAAUCCCCAUGUCCCUAGCAUUACCCAGCAUGACAAGUUCCCUCUUUAUUCCACUUAAUGGAUCAGUUGAUAAUUUCCCAUAAGUUUCGGGUUCUUCCAACAAUCUGGUUGCCUCUUUUAAGUAAUAUUCACUCGACAUGAUAACUAUUCCCCCACCUUUAUCCGCUGGUUUGAUACAGAUCUUUUCAUUAUUAAUUAGAUCCUCUAUUACUUCUCUCUCUUUCACGGUUAAGUUGUUCCUUAAAUGAUUAUUCUUUUUCAUUUUCCUUAUGUCAUCGAUUACUAAUUCCUGGUUUACGGGAUAAAAUGUGGAGGUUGUUUUCAACUGACUAUGUUUAAACACACUCACAGGCUCUUCUUUUUCAGGAAAGUCUGGAAUCUGAUCAAAGUGCUUUUUGAUACUGAGUUUUCUUAUAAACCUUUUUACAUCAGUGGUGGCCUCACAUUUGUUCACGUGCGCUGUGGGUGCAAAUUUCAAUCCUUUGUUCAGUGCUGUAAUGUGGUGAGAUGAUAAUGGUAUACCUGCAAGGUUGAAUAUUCCUACUCUUCUUGUUCUUUUUCUUGCUUGUCCCUUGUUCCUCUUCCUCCUCUAUUUCUUCUAAGUUGGGCUCUUUUCUUUUCGCCCUUCUUGGUGUCAUCGGAUGAAACCAUGUGGUUAUUUCCCUGGUGUUCCUUCCUAAAAAAAAAACUCCUCUCUUGUAGUAUUGUGUACCUCUGCUUGAACUGGUAGAGUAUUUCCUCCUAUAGGAGUCUCUGCAUUUUCUUCUUGUCUUCUUCUUACAGGUUGUCAGGUUACCUGUUAACUCCAAGGAGGACAACCUCUCUUCAUAGGGGCUCCCCUCCCCUAGCAUUUCGGCAAAUCCGGCCAUUUUCGCGCCGGCCGCGCUAGCUCCUCCCCCUUUUAUGACGCGACGGCUAGCAUCGACGUCAUGACGUCAUCAUUUACGUGAAGUGCCGGGAACCGCAAUUCCGGACCUUUUGGGGGCGUGGUCUCAAUUAAGGUGACAGGGUAUUUAAGGGAACUUUUACUACUGCUCAUUGCCCUGUCGUGGUUCUAGCUUGCUAGUCACUCAGCGCGUUCUCUCUCUUAGUAUUUUCGGUUUUGACCUUGCUUGUCCUUUGUCCUGUUGCUCUCUCCUCUCCUUUGACCCGGCUUGUUCCUCGCUUACCUGUCCUCUGGCUCCCUCGACCUCGGCUUACCUUUUGACUAUUCUUGUUUUGUCUAUACGUUAGUCCGGCCAUUCUAAGGUCCGGUAUACGUACCUCCUCCUGUCCGCACUCUGCGUAUUGGAUCCCUGUCACUAUCCUGACACAGGUGUCCUUUCACUCUCCCUACCUUUAUUUUUACCUUAUGUUUCCUUCCUCCUAUCCAGGUUGGUAUUUGGUAACAUUCUUUGUUCUCGCUCUUCUGAACCUCCUGAUACUCUAUGAUUUUCACAAUCUAUGGUCCGUCUAUACUUUGUCUCUGUUCUCCUUUGGCCAAUUAAUGGAUCUCUCCUUCUCACCAGGUGAUCCUCUUCUAUGUUAUCCUUAGGCCUUCUCUAUUCAUUAUUCGUCCUUCUUCUUUCAUUUACUGGUAUGAAAUUAGGAUUUUUUCUUUCAUGAUAUAUUCUUGACUGCUGAUUAAAUCUUCCAUUCCAUUUUUGAUUUCUUCUCAAAUGAGAAUGUUUAUUUUGAUUCUCAUAUUUGCUUCUUUUAGGUUGUUGGUAUGUAUUAUUCUCUUGAUAAUUCUUCUUCUCAUAUUGUGAGUCAUAUUUCUUCUGAAAAUUUCUGACUCUAUCGUUUUUAUAAUCAUCCGUAUCCCGUAGGAAUUUUUUCUUCUUAGUCCUCUUCUUAUAUCCUCCUCCAGUCUAUCUACACUCUCUGCUAUUUUGGCAACCAUUUCCUUUGGGUUAUCCCCUCCUUCCAUGGAUUCUAGGAUGUUUUGUAUUCCUUUAAUUUGCUGAUCUAAUUCUACCAACUGUCCAUGAAGACAAAUGAGCAGUCUUCCAUUGCUUCAUACCAUCUCUCUUUAAGUUCUAAAUUCUAUAGGGAACGCUGGAUCUUUAAAUAACCUUAAUCCCCGAGGAGUUAUGUUGUCAAUAAUAUAUUGCUGGAGCGUGUCAACCUCCCAUUUUAGUUUCAGUUCCUGUUUUAAUAGCCUCUCCAACUUUAAAAACAGGAAAUUCUUGUUAUAUUUUGUGGAAUAUUCCUUUAAAAUGUCUAUUCCAAAACAAUAAGGUCUGGACUUUUUAUGGCUUGAUUUGGGAUUUUUAAUAGACAUAUUAUUUGUGAUACAUGAAAGUUUAUUUUUUAUAUAUGUUUUUAAUUGAUUAAUAAAUAAAUGGAUUUUUAAUAUAAAUCUUCAGUGUGUUAGUAAGGUCAUAGACCUGUGAUUUAUUAAAAACUCAAGAUAUAGACAAACUGUGCAAGUAAAAUGAAUUAAAAAACAACCUCGCUAAAAUUAUCAUUAGUAUUGUAAUCUAACACGUCCAUCUUGGGAUACAAUCCACUGAAUAAAGAAUUGUAAUUGUCCGAUUUAUGGAAACUAUGUGAAAACUACCAAUGUUUUAAUGUGUCAGAAGAAGGCUAUACAAUGCAGUGAGGGCGGUAAACAUGUGUAAUUCACCCUCAGUUGCCUUUUUGUUACAUUUCCUUAUAUUGCAUCCGUGCCACACCUGUGAAUUUGUACAGCAAGGAAAGAAAGAUUGAGAGACGUAGUCAAAGAGGAUAAUGAGCGAAAUCUGAUUGCUGGAAAAUUUAAAGGACAUUAUAAAAAAUGUGCAGGGAUUGGCAAAAUAAUUCACAAAACCUUCGAGGUAACUGGGGACAAUAUCAGAUAGAUGAAGAAUGUUCUAGAAUCUAGAAAGUAAGGAUGACCUACUUUAAAGGUUUACUCCAACUAUCGAACCACAGCAGCUCCGUGUUUGCCCUCUGUCCUGUUCUGCCGGCCACCGAGGGUCCUUUAACCCCUUAAGGACCAAACUUCUGGAAUAAAAGGGAAUCAUGACAUGUCACACAUGUCAUGUGUCCUUAAGGGGUUAAAGCAAGGUCAUGAUCAUGCUCCAAUGACGCAACCAGAGGUGGUGUCAUACCCCCCAACAGUAAAAAGGUUUAACUCCGUAAGUGCAGAGUUUCACAGCCAGACGCUGCAAAUACAGACACCAGACACCAUGGCCACUUCAAAUCAAUGAAGUCACGGUGCUUGGAGUGAGUAACCCGUUACAUUUUGGCUUUGGAUUGUUGAUCAUCAUCAUUACAGCUAAAAAUUAAAAGCAUUAAAAAGAUGCGCUUUUUAUCAUCAUUAGCACUGUAUACAAUGCUGUACCUAGUGCUUUAGCAACGCGGGAGUGGCAGCGAUGUUAGGGGUUAGAUAAGAAGGUUUAGGUUUUUGGGAUGUCUAAGUUUUGGAGAGGACUGUGGGGAAGGUGGAUGUGUGGUGUGGACUGUAACUGCUAUUAUUCUCUAGAUAUGUUAUUAAUGUUAGAAUUGCAUUUCUCCGUUAUUGGUUUGUUAUUACUGUGUCACUAUGAUAACAGGGACAUUUAAACUGUUUUAAGCAAAAGGCUUAACGUUGUGGAUUUAUUGCUGAUUAUAAUCUGUUCUGUUGGUUCCUCAGCCAGCAUUCUGCAUCUUACAAUAUUAUUAUCUCAUGUCAUUCAGGUGGAGCUCCUCGUGGGACCCUCGGAUGAGAUCAUUCCACAGCUGAAGGAUAAACAUGGGGUGCAGAAGUUGGACUUUGUCUUUAUGGACCAUGGAAAACGCCACUACCUCCGGGACCUCCAGUUAUUGGAGGAGGUUGGACUUUUCCAGGAGGGCACCAUCAUCCUGGCAGACAACGUGCUGUUUCCAGGAGCCCCCCACUUUCUUCAGUACGUGAAAUCAUCAGGAAAAUACCAGUGUAAGAUGCACCGCGGCAGCCUGGAGUAUUUCCGCUACAUCCGAGACGGAAUGGCUGAGCUGACUUACACCAAACUCCUGUGA